CCCACGAAUCUCUCUCGACCCAGUGGGCACAGGCGGCACUGCACGCAUCACGUCCCCUUCGCCAACCCCAGCGCCAUCGGUCGUCACCAUCAUGUACUACGGGUGGCUCGUUGGCAUUGUCCUGUCGCUGGCAGCGAGUCUAGUCGGAACUGUUGGGAAGGUCCUGAUGAAACUUGCCCACAAGCGCCACGACAGCUACCUCUACUUUGCCGGCGCGUUUGUGUGUGUGAUCGUCAUCAACCCCGUCUUCGACGCGUGGAGCUACUCAUUUGCGGCACAGUCCGUGCUAGCGCCCAUGGCGGGCUUUAGUGUUGUGUGGAAUAUCGUGUUGGCUCCGUACGUGCUUAAGGAGACACUGUCCGACCAAGUCGUGCAAGGGUCGUCGAUCAUUCUCGUGGGAUGUGGCCUUGUCAGCAUGUCCGGCGACCAUGCAUCGCCCACGCACACACCUGAGCAGCUCUACGCUCUCUUUUCCGAAGCCAUUUUCAUUGUGUACGCCAGUAUUUUUGCCGUGUCAUGUAUCGCACUGUCGUACAUCGUCCACACGUUUCCCCACUCGAGUUACACGCGACGCUUUGCAUUCGGCGCGUUGGCCGGCCUGGUCGGUGGCAACCUUUACUUUAUGAAGACGUCUGUUGAAUUGAUUGGCAACGGCGGUGACGUGUGGAGGAAUGUCGGCACGUACUUUAUCUUUGCAGGGGCAUUGGGGAGUGCUGCUGGCGGCAUCUUUGUCCUGAACCUGGGGUUGAAGGAAUACGAUGCGCUGCACGUCGUUGCUAUCUACGAAUCGUUCCUCAUUUUGUGCGGGUCGAUUUCCGGAGUCAUUUUCUUUCGGGAGGACCAUGACAUGCAAGGAUGGUGGCAAAUCAUCAUGUACCCUGUUGCCAUCGUGACGACGAUCGUGGGAGUCAUUGUCUUGUCGCGGCAGCCGUCGCAAGCGGCCACCCUUAGCGACGAAGAGGGACAGCCAUUCAUGUACUCGACGGAAACGACCAAGUUGGUUGCGAGCAACAUAUAGUCACGACGAAUCCCUGCCCAUCCAUAGAUAUAGAAAAUAUUCAUAUCCAUCGCAUUCCGGACCACUUGGAUGACCGUGCAUCAACCUGUUGGUGUGCCCAAGGUUUUGUGUGCAUUAGAGGAACAGGAUUGCCACGAAAUACACUGUCCAUGCCAUCGGUUGCUUCAACAUGACAUUUCUGUC